AUGCCCCUCAUCUACGCCCUCGCUGCCCGCGGCUUCGUCGUCGGAUCGACGUUUUUUGAUUUUUUUUUUGUUUCGCGCGUGUCAGGCAGCGUCGUGCUCGCGGAGCACUCAGACAUGGAAGGGAACUUCCCGACGGUCACGCGCCUCUUGCUUCGCAAGCUGCCGACGACGCAGAAAGAACGAAUGUCGUAUAUCUACGACCGCUACAUUUUUCACUACGAGGUGAUUCGAGGCAUUACGUUCCUGACGAUGUCCGAUGACGCGACGGGGUUUGCGCUUCCCUUUGCGUUUCUGGAGGAUUUUGCGAAAUCCUUCCUAGCGAUGUAUGGAGCGACCGUCCACACUGCGAUCGCUCUCGCGAUGCAGAACUCGUAUGAACCGCGGCUCAAAGACCUCAUGGACUCGUUCAACCAGAGCCACCAGGCGGAGAGCAUGGGCCGCUUGCGCAUGCAGAUCGACGGAAUUCAUCACGUCCUCAUCGACAAUAUUGAUAAAAUUCUGCAGCGGGGCGAACGCAUCGAUAUUCUAGUUGAUCAGUCUGAGCGACUCAAUCAGGAGAGCGUUCAGUUUCGAAGACAGGCGCGGCGGCUGAAGAAUGCACUGUGGUGGCGAAAUGUUCGCGUCUGCCUCUGCUUUGUUCUUCUCAUCGCCUGCGUUGCGCUGAUCAUCGGCAUGGUUUCGUGCGGCGGCGUCACCUUUCCGUCCUGCCGCAGCUCCUGA